GAAGAUAUCGAACACUUCUUAUUUAACUGUGAAAUCCUUGAACCCUAGCGUAAAUUAUUACUGUGUGAAGAGUACACAAUAUUAACUGGAGAAAACUUUAAUGACCUUUCUUCAAAUUGGAAUUAUUCUACACUGCACAAAUAUCCAAAAAAUCUACGUAAACUUGAAUAUCAUUGCCGACGUCUUAACUACCUUUUCAUUCAGCAAGAUACAAGUCGUUACUGUUGCUCAAGCCUAAGAGGACAAUGAGCAGUGGCGAGGUAAUCAACACGGUGGUGCAACAUACAUGAGUAUAUUAUUACAGUAUCAGUGUACAUAGAUUGUAGAUUCUAUAUGAUAUAUCUACUGUGUUGGAGUGACUGUGAAUAUAACUGCAGCUGUACAUAGGUAGGGAUUAUUAGUUACACAGAGAUUCGCCUAUAUAGGCGGUGAAGAUUAACAACAACAACAACAACAAGAAAAGGUAAAAUUAUUGUGGCUAAUUUUGUACACUUUGCGCGUUCUGUUGUCGAUAGCGACAACAAUAUAUGUGACAUCGCGACAACACGCCGCGUGACAACGCGCCGUUUGGCAUGCAUCGUUAGCGACAGGACGACAAGACAAAAGUCCGACAACAAAAGUGCUCCAAAUAAGCCACCAUACAUCAAUCUAUUUUUCCAUAUAUUCUAGGAUAUAGGAGCGUAAUAAAUUAUGUCCUGUAUGAUUUGCUUAUCAUGAGUAACCUUAUCAUAAGAAGGAAAGGAUGUAUUAUUCAUACAAUAAUUCCCACAAUCGAGAUGUAUUCACUGAUAUAAUCAAAACAAACAAAAUAUAAACAUUUUAUUCGAUAUUUAUCUUGCUUAAUUGUCUCGCGUACAUAAAUGUAUUAUAAACUGAGAGCAGACGCUUUUUUGUUGAUUACAGUGUAUUCGUUACAGAGAUAGUAAAUAUAUGUGUGUAAUAACGUAAAUUGAAAUAGAUAAUGGGAAAUCUAACGUUCCAGGAAAAUCAACGAUAUUUUUAGAAAAACAGGAAAACCCUCGAAAUUUUGGAAAUUGCAUCGAUGAAAAAAAGAACAUUUCUGCAGUAAAAUGAAGGACUGGUGGAGAUCGACAGACCAAGAAAUCUGACUCAAAUCAGUAUUUGGCUUACAGCCAAACAGGCAAAACAUAUCGUCGACUCCCAUUUCCGAUUUUAAACAGUGUAAUGCAGCCGUUGCAUAUGAAAGGAAUCUAAGUUAUUUAAUAUUUGUCUUCAUUUAAACAUGUUUUUAAAACCUUAUAAAUGUAUGAGCGGGAAAACUAUCAGACAGUUUGCUUGUGUUCUUUAUACCAUUAUAAGGGUUCACUUAAAAAAUAACUCUGCAUUGGAAUAUUGAAGGUUACAUUCUAGGUUGAGAUAGUCAGUGUUAAAAUGAACGCCGAGGAAAAGGAAGUGCUACAGAGGUUACAUUUGACAGUCGUUGAAGAUUUAGACGUAAAAGAGAUUUUGCCUCAUCUGUUUCAAAACAAAAUGAUAACAUUUGAAGAAUAUGAAGAGUUUGAACAGCUGAAUGAAGCACGUGCCACUAAGUGUAGAAAACUGUUACGGACCAUAAUGCGACCAGGAAGUAACUGUACAUUCGAUGGUUUCUUGCAAGCCUUAAGAUACAAUGAUGUAUACUCAUUUCUAGCUGAUCAACUAGAACAAACAUUUGCUGAAACAAGAAACAAAUCUGUUUAUAGACAGGAAUCUAAGAAUGAAGUUAUAUAUGAACCUGUAAGAAAAAUCAACGUAUUUACAAAAAGAAGAAGAGCCAUUUCCGCACUUUCACAUAAACUAAAACGACUUUCUCACGACGGCGACAUUGGCAAAUUUCAGAAAUUGGUAACAGCGAUAGAUACGAAGUUUAAGGAAAACAAACUGAACAUGUUUAAAAAUGUAACCGACAGAAUGCAACUUGCGGAUAUGAGAUUCGCCUCUUUAGAAGCUGGAAUAAGUGCAAAGAGAGUACAAUACGAUAAAACCGUGAGCGGGGGUGACAUGUUCAGACACAUGGAGUCUGUCAUACCAUUCACAAGUAACCCAAGAGUCAGCAGCAUGUCAUAUUUGGCCAGGUAUGGUUCAGCAAUUGCCAUGAAGGAUUCAGUAGAUGACGGACUGGCAUAUGUUCAAUUUGCGAAAGAGCAUGCGGAACAUGUUUCGCCUUGCAAAGAAUCGGGAAUGGUUUACUACAUUGAAGUUAACUUAUUAUCUCAAAAAUACGAAGCGGAUCCUUCAGAUCACCUAAAAACAAAUAUAUUAAAAACUUCAGAACAAGGUAUAGCCCAAUUUAUUGAUGAAAAUGAAGAAGUUAAAAAUGAUUAUCAGAGGAUGUUACUGAUCAAGAUGAUAUUUUGUUACCUAGGAGUCGGCCUUUUUUGCAAGAAAAUAGAAAAAUCAAAAACUUCAAAGGCUGAUAUCGAAGAAGCUAAAAAGAUUAUAGAUUUUGUUGAAACAUCAAACAUAUGGCGAGGAAUGGAGAAAAGACGAAAAAUGUUAUUUUACGUUGCUAAGUCUGAAUUUUACAAACAACAAGGCAAUUUAGAUUUAGCUAUGGUUCAUGCCAAAGAGGCCCGAAAACUUGGUCACGAAAACCAUUGGUCGGCAGAAGUCGUCAACAUAACACAAAUGGUAGAUGAAUUGGAAAGAGUAGGUCGUUCUGCAUGUACAAAUUCAGACAUAUCUGAAGAUGACAUUCUUGCUGAACUGUUUGGAGAUAUGCCUGACCUUGAAGAAGAAUCGGCAUUAGACAAUUAUGAAAUAUGUAGUAAAUCAGCUGGUGAUGACAACACACCUUUAGAAACUACGACUAAAGAAAUGAACAAGGUAGAGCCACAUAUGUUUGAUUUGAAAGAAGUAAUGAUACAUCAGGAUGUAUCUCAAACUUGCAAGUGUAAAGACGAUUCGAAUCAUAAAAUGAAUCAUAAAGUCAUAUCUUUACAAGAAGUACAAGAAACGGAUGAUAAACAAAUGGUGAACUUUUCUCAUCGUAACAGUAUUAUCUCAGAACAGCAAUCUCUUGAUGAUCAUUAUCUAAUGGAAUUAAAAGAUGUCAAUUCUGAAGCAUCGGCAGAACCCAGUCAUAACUUAAUGUUACUUAAGGAAGGUUUGGACAUGAACGGAAGCACAGAGAGUCUUAAGAUGUCUAUUUUAACUACAAAAGAGAAAAUUGAUAAUUGAUAAUAGUGCAAUACAACAUACUUGCUCAAGACAGCAUGAUUGAUUGACAUUUGGCAUUGUAAAGUUUCAUGUGAUAAAUAGAUGUUUGAUUGUGUAGGAUCUAAACCAAAAUUUGUAAUAUUUUAUGAAUGGUAUAGACGCAAGAAA